AUGUCAAAAUCUUUGGGUAAUGGAGUUGAACCUGACGAAUUAAUAGAAAAUUCUAGAAAGCAAGCCGAAAAGUUAAGAACCGAAAGAAAAAUAAGGAAUGAAAAAAAACUUAAGGAACUUGAUAAAAUUUUGCAAGAGCAAGAGAGACCACCUUUUUCAAGACCGCUUUUGAAAGAAUAUCGAAAAGUCAUUCCAAAUUUAGAUCGACGAGCAGUCUUAAGAAAUUAUGAAUACGAAGUUUGGUUAAAAAAAAGAAAUUUAUCUCCAUUAACAGUCCGAAUUUAUUGUCGAAUGAUUCGAAUGUUGAAAAUUUAUGGUAAAGGGAAUAAAAUUCGUCAUGUAUUUUUACCACCAUUUUUACAAUCCGAAUUUAAAUUUUGUUCUUCGGAAUAUCUUUUUACAAAUGGGAAAGGAGAAAGAAUAGGGAAUGAUCAUGCUCGCAAGAUGGUUUUUCGAAAAGUGAUAAAGGCAGGAAUGGAUAAAAAUAUUAGCCCUCACACUUUUAGAAGAAGUUUUGCCACUUUAUUAAAUGGUAGAGAUUGUAAAUUAACCACUAUUCAGAAAUUAUUAGGGCAUAGUAAAAUGGAGACAACGACCAACUAUAUCCAUAAUUCUUAUGAUGAACUUUACCAAGAUUAUAAUAGUUUGGGCUCCAAUAAUUCUUUCCAAAUACUAGGUGGAGUUAAGAAAAAAGUUUUAGAGUCAAAAUGA